CAUUGUAUUAUAUAUAUGCUCACAACUUUGUGUAAUUUGUCCUAAGAGAUCAAAGCAAAAGUGAGAGCUUUAUUUUUCUGGGUCAAUUUGGGAAAGCAAGUGGAAGAUAACCCAUAUCCUCCUCCUCUCUCUUUCCUUUCCAUUAGGAGUGUACAUCGGUCCAUCGGGUCAGUUUUCAACCCAAAUCGACAUGAAAGUAAGGGAAUAAGCUCCACUAGUUUCAGCUUUGUGUCAUUUUUAGGGAUUAUUAAUAAUCCAUUUCCUGUAGUUUCUUUUGUCUUAUCCAUCUUUGAAAUCUUCGCCUUUUUUUUCUCUCCCCGUCCAAGGGCUGCUAUCUCUAUAAAUCCCACUGGGAUUGCUGUGUUUUUCAUGAGGGUGAAUAGAGGAAGUGGUGGUGGGCAUAGAAUAUUUAAUUGCUAGAUCGUAUUCAUAUCAUUAUCAGAGAUUCAACAAAAGGUCAGGUGGAAAAUGGUUGCUCCAUUAUCUUCUUGGCCAUGGGAGAACUUGGGUAUUUUCAAGUAUGUGCUGUAUGGGCCAUUGGUUGCAAAUGGUUUGUACUCGUUGUAUGAGGAGGGGAACAUAGUAAACAAUUGGUGCCUCCAUAUUGUUUUAAUCUCUUUACUUAGAGUGGGAAUUCAUACCUGCUGGAGCUCUUACAGCACCAUGCUUUUCCUCACAAGGAACCGCCAGAUUCUUCAACAAGGGGUUGAUUUCAAGCAGAUUGAUAUGGAAUUUGACUGGGAUAAUUUCUUGUUACUUCAAGCUCUAAUUUCUUCCAUGGUGAUCUACCUCUUCCCUUGGCUUGGAAAUCUCCCCCUUUGGAACACAAAAGGGUUUAUUGCUGUUCUGAUUCUGCACGUGGGAGUUGCAGAGCCUUUGUUUUACGUGUUGCAUAGAUUCUUCCACACCGACUAUUUUUUUACCCAUUACCAUUCUCUUCACCAUUCUUCCCCAGUCCCACAGCCCUUCACAGCUGGAAAUGGGACAGUUCUGGAACAGCUUGCGUUGAGUUUGGUAAUUGGAGCUCCAAUUCUUGGGACGAGUCUUCUAGGGUAUGGAUCAACGGCCAUGAUCUUCUGCUACGUUUUGAUAUUUGACUUUCUCAGAUGUUUGGGGCAUUGCAAUGUCGAGAUUUUCCCACAUCGGCUGUUUGAAGCAAUCCCAAUUUUUAGAUAUCUUCUCUACACUCCAACGUACCAUACCCUUCACCACACAGAGAAGGGGACCAAUUUCUGCCUCUUCAUGCCUCUAUUCGAUGCCAUUGGAAAUACACUUCACAAAAACUCGUGGGACUUACAAAAGGAGAUAAGCUUAAACUCAGGAAAAAGAGGGAAGGUGCCUGAUUUCGUAUUUCUAGCCCAUGUGGUUGAUGUUACUUCAUCAAUGCAUGCGUCGUUCGUAUCCAGAUUCUUUGCUUCACGUCCCUUUGUUACAAAGUUGUCCUUGCUUCCACAGUGGCCCAUUGCCUUUAUAGUGAUGCUUCUCAUGUGGGGUCGCUCAAAAACCUUCCUUUAUAGCUUCUACAAUCUCAGAGGCUGGCUCCAUCAGACAUGGGUUGUCCCAAGAUUUGGCUUUCAGUAUUUCUUGCCAUUUGCAAGAGAAGGCAUCAACAAGCACAUAGAAGAUGCAAUUCUGAGAGCUGACAAGCUGGGGGUUAAGGUCAUCAGCCUUGCUGCACUUAAUAAGAAUGAAGCUCUGAAUGGUGGAGGAACACUUUUCGUUGAGAAGCAUCCAAAUCUUAGGGUUAGAGUUGUGCAUGGGAAUACCCUAACAGCUGCCGUCAUUCUCAAUGAAAUCCCAAAGGAUGUUAAAGAAGUGUUUCUAACUGGCGCCACUUCCAAGCUUGGAAGAGCCAUUGCUCUCUACCUUUGUCGAAGGAAAGUUCGAGUUCUCAUGCUUACACUUUCCGCAGAAAGAUUUGAGAAAAUACAGAAAGAAGCUCCGGCGGAUUGUCAAAACUACUUGGUUCAAGUUACCAAGUACCAAGCUGCCCGAAAUUGCAAGACAUGGAUCGUGGGGAAGUGGAUCACUCCGAGGGAGCAGAGUUGGGCCCCCAGUGGAACUCACUUCCAUCAAUUCGUUGUCCCACCCAUCUUGGCCUUCAGACGAGACUGCACCUACGGCGACCUCGCCGCCAUGCGAUUGCCCGACGACGUCCAAGGGCUCGGAAACUGCGAGUAUACUAUGGACAGAGGAGUGGUGCAUGCAUGUCAUGCGGGUGGAGUUGUGCACCACUUGGAAGGAUGGACGCACCACGAAGUUGGGGCACUGGAUGUGGAUAGAAUUGACCUUGUUUGGGAGGCCGCUCUAAAACAUGGCCUAAAACCCGUCUCGGCCUUGAAAUAAAAUAUUUAUAAAAAAAAAAAAAAGAAAAGAAAAGAUCAUUCUCACCCUUUGAACGUUUUCGAUGCAGUCAAAAAGCUAAUUACAUAUAUGAUUUGGUAUAUGGUAACCGAAGCAAUGAAUUGAAGCUAGCAUUUCGAUA